CCCCUAAAAUCCUGCCGGCCCGGGCCUUGGUGGCCUGGUGAAUACCAUAGGAAUUUAUGAAAAAACAUUUAUAAGGGUAAGCAGAGCAAGUGACCAUAGUGAAAUCAAUCACUCUAUAAUGGUAACACAAAUGCAGAUGUGUAUGAAACAUGGAGGAUACUAUAUUAUCAAAUACUAUAUUAUCACUAUGAUGUUGCAUAUGCUACCGUUUGUUAAUUGUUGGGGGAGGGCCUGACUUUGGUUCCCUCGUUGGAUUUAUUUUUAUCUUACUUUUCUUUGCAUGUUUUGAAUUGAGUUGUCUGUUAGGGUGCUGGAACCUUAGGUCAGAUUUAUCAAGGGUUGAAUUUAGAGUUUAUGGGUGUUUAUAAAAAUUCCUGUUGUGUACUUAAUUAAAUGUCUGUGCAGAAAGUUAUAUCUUGGAGAAAAGAUGAUAUUUCACAAUAUUAUCUGGACAUAAUAUAUCGCUGUUACGUGAUUUAAAAAGCCGCAACGAGCCUCACGGUUGGACUGAGUGGUCCUGUCUUACCUAAAGCAGAUUCCAGGAGAAGGGAAGUUGGGAAAAGCUUGAACCAUUCUGCGAAAAAUCGAUUCCUUCUCCUGAUCAGACAUCCUCUGUUGCGCCGCUCCUGUCAGAAGACGUUCCUUGUGCGGAAGCCACGUGGUUACACUGAAGGGCGUGAGAAUGGGCAGAACCAUCUAGAUACGCCCCCUAGCUGUAAAUGUUAUGGCCUCACCCAUUUUACACCAGUGUGGGCAAGAGGAUACGCUUGAGCUGUGUGAAUUGAUAAUGAAUGGGGAAGUGCCAUUGUUAUGGAGGGACAGAAAGGACUUUUGUUGUGCCCCGGGCCGUCAUGGUCCUAGGAGUCUCAGUGAAAAGGCUGCAGAAAUAUGAAUGUAAGGCAGCUGUAUUCUAUUAUAGUUACUGGGGAUGUUCUACAUGCCAUCCAGCUGUAGUACUGUAACUCUUAGCUAGGCUUCACACCUCACAAUGAUGAGACACCCCUCCCCCCUUAUUUAACGCCUGCCCUGAAUGGGGGUGAAAGACUGUGAUUUAGGUAUAUACUAUAUAUUUUGUACCAACCUCUGAACAAUGUGUUAUGAUAUAUGUAUUGUACCAGGCUUGUUGCUUUAGGCACUGAGGCUGAUGAAAUUCUGGUAUAUUUAAACAAGCAAAUAUUCCAAUAGAGUGAAUGACUAUGGUUCUGGUACCAAUUUGGCUCAUUAUGUGCUUCUAGCCAGGGCCAGAUUUCAACCCAAAGCACCCUAGGCCACUCAUACGUAAUAGCUUUUACCCCUGUUCCACGCUGCUGCAGGUCACUAAUUGCCGGCACUGGGGACUGAACAGGCAGGAGACUCAAUCAACUAUCAACCUCUCCCACCCAAUUUAGAUGUGGUUAGUGGACAGGCCCAGGCCUUUGUUGUCUGGCCACAAAUCCAGGCCUGGUGCUAGCCAUGUCUACCAAUCAACCACCACUCUCAUGAAUAUAACAAUAUAAAAAGGGUGUAAAACAAGGGACUAUGAUUAUAUGUAGCUACUUUAAGUUUUUCUUCCCAGCUUAUUACCCCAGACAGCACAAUGUAUUUCAUAUUCACAAAACUUGUAUUCAUCUCCCCCGAUUCUAAGUCAGAUACCCAAAACCUAAUUAAAGAUUGGGGCAUAAAAUGAGGCACUAGAACGGCAGUUAAAGGUCAGUAAUUGGGUUGAGUGAUAGAAAGAUUCACUUCAAGCUCUGUCCAUUAGACACAUCUCCAGCCAAUCGGUGUAGAGCACAUGCUGGAUAUACAAAGCUCUCAGGUGAGAGAAACCGUUGGAAAGAGACAGUUGCUGAGAGACGGUUGAGGAGAGAGCAGCAAUUGAGAGAGGGAGAGAGGGAGAGAGAGAGAGAGAGAGAGAGAGAGAGAGAGAGACAGCGUUAUGGAGACUUUUAUUAAAAAGCGAAAGAGAUUAGCUAUCCCUGAGAGCCAGGAGGGAAGCCAUUAUGACCCUCGAUGCUACAAAAUCACCAAGUAUGAGAGCAACCGGCAAGGGACCUGCAGCAGUGCAGUUGUACUGGAUCCAUGGAGCACCUUUGGAAACCUGAUGCCAGAUACGCUGCAGAACUUCAUGGAUUAUGGAGAAAUGUGCUACAUGUUUAAUAAGAGCCUGGAAGAGGACUUCGCACCUAACAACUUUUUAGGGAAUCACAGCGACAUCAAUGAAACAUCUUGGAGGGAAGUCAUCACCACCAUGAUUGUUGCACACAGGGCCUUUAGACUGGACUUUGAGACCCUGUGUCUCGCUGUCAACUACCUGGAAAGGUUUCUGGCCUGCACUCCCCUAAAAGCUGCCAGCCUGAAGGUCAUAGGUGCCACUUGUCUUUAUUUGGCCUGCAAGGUAAUGGAAAAGAGUUUCCCUAAAACAGACAUGUUUCUAUUGCUGUUCUGUGAAGAUGGAUUCACAGCUCCCUUAAUGUACUAUUUAGAAAAAUUGGUAUUAAGGAGUUUGUGUUUCCGUCUAAGGGCUCCCACCAUCGAGUAUUUCCUGGAACACUUUUCCCUUAGAAGAGUGUCCUACAAGGAAUGUCCAGCUGCCAAAAUCAACAGAGCAGCCAAUGCCUUCACUGCUGCUAGAGGCAUUGCAGCACUGAGCAUGACAAGGUAUGGAUUCCAUUCCUACCCACCAUCUCUCCUAGCUCAGUGCUGCCUUAGAGUUGCAGACCAAAUAUUGCAAUAUGACACCUGGAAUAGAGUGCACCCUAGAGACUGUUCAGGCCCCUUAUGGCAGGAGUGCAUGGGUAAAAUCACCCACCUGGUAUCAUCCAACAACAUCUUAUUGUGCAAGUUUAUGCCAGGUGUGUUUCCAGAAACCUUUCCAGACUUGGUUCCACCAUCAACCAAGAAUGGCAGCAAAGCAAACACCUAAGAAAGAGGCUCUUCCCAAAAGUCAUCAGGAGAUCAGUGGCAGUAACAUGGAGAGGAAGCAGCUCAUGGUGAUUGAAGGAGGUGGCGGCUUUGAGAUCUGGUCAUGCUCAGGAUGUAGCAGAUAUUUGUCAGGAGAUCAGCCAGCAAGAUCAACAGGGGAAGAACAGCACCCAGUGAACAGCAUCUUCCCAAUGUACCAUCUACAGAGCACCCAGGACUGCUGUGACUGAAUUAUAACCUGACAGACUUCUUUUCCCCCAGUACAGGUAGAUUUACCAUCAGAUGGCAUAUAUACAUGGGCCUUACAGCCACUAGGAGGCCUCUGUAUUCCUCUCCCGUCCAUCUGUCGGGCUGCAGGCGCGGGGGUCUGCAGGCCACCGAGGAGGCAAAUGGAACGGAGAGGAAUGCAGAGGAGACCAAGCGGCUGGAAAGCUCAUGUGCAUGCAGCCAUAUUCUUGUCCAGCAAGAUCAGGGGCAUUGAUCCUGGGAGCAAAUCCGAUCGCCGUUAAGGGGUCAGGAAGGAAUUUUUCCCUCUAAAGAAUCAGAUUGGCCAAAGCUUUUAGAGGUUUUUUUUGCCUUCCUCAGGAUCAACGGGCUCUCUACCCAGCUGCGGCUCUCAGGGAAGCCACAGGUGGGAGGGUUCCCAUUUACAGACCCCACUUUCCAUCUCAUUGAUCUUAUUAAUAAAUCUGUGAUUUCACAGGUUAAGUCCAAA